AUGCCAUUCAGACCGUCACCUGACAUUAUACCUAACAUAUUACCUAGCAAUGAUAAUGAGACUGAGAAUAAUAACAAAACAUCAAAUACCGCCACAACCACUAAAACAUCAAAUAAUACUCCCGCGAACACUCCAACUCCAACAGAUACUUCAACAAACACUCAAACAGACACACCAACAAGCACACCAACAAGCACACCAACAAGCACACCAACAAGCACACAAAAUGAUACGUCAACACCGACUACAACCAGCACUUCAACCACCAGCACCUCAACCAGUACAUCUGACGGAAAUGAUAAUGGCCAACAUUUCCCACCACCCAAAGACAAACAGGUCAUUACGCCCUCUGUAAACUCGUCUGGUUUAUCCGGAGAUGGAAACACUCCAACAAGCACACAAAAUGAUACGUCAACGCCUACUACAACCAGCAUUUCAACCAGCACUUCAACUAAUUUCCCACCCCCCAAAAACAAACAAGUCAUUCCAGCCCCUGUAAACACAGGAGACAAUGCGUCUGGAAAUGGAAACAAUUCGUCUGGGGACGGAAAUAAUUCGUCUGGGGGUGGAAAUAAUUCGUCUGGAGGUGGAAACAGUUCGUCCGUAGGUGGAAACAGUUCAUCAGGCGGUGGAAACAGUUCGUCCGGAGGUGGAAACAGUUCGUCCGGAGGUGGAAAUAAUUCAUCAGGCGGUGGAAAUAAUUCAUCUGGUGGAAACAACGCGGGAGGAAAUGCGCCAUCAGAUGGAGGAAAUUCGCCCGGGGGAGCAAACCCAUCCGGUGCUCAACCAGAUAAACCGGAUCCUACUAAACCCAACAAUUCAGACCCGCCCAUUAAUUCCAACAACAACUCUCCCAGCCCCCCUACUGGAGCUUCCCCAUUUAAUCCACCUUUUCAAUCCUCUACCAUAUUUUCCACUUCUUCUUCUUCUACAUCACCCACCGGUCUCGCGACCCUUCCUGACGAAUCCCUGCACAGAUCGUUAUCACCAACCAAGAUUGUCUACGUGACAGUCAUUAGUGUGACCAGUUUUGCUUUUCUAGCCGGGGCACUAUUUUACUUUCUAUAUCGCAUUAAACGUCGACGCCGUCGCUUUAGGAAUAAAUUUGGUAUUACCAAAGGCUGCGUUGAACUCGAAGAUGAUGGGCACCAUCGUGCAAGCACACUGUUGCAAUUCGAGGCAAUGACGCAAAAUGUGCGACUGGAAUCUACAGAGUUUGCUGUAGACGGCGGCGUUAAUUCCGUGUCCGCAAAUAAUGACGAUAAUCUUAAUAGUAGCAUUAUCAUUACAGGAAUGGAUGGUAGAGAAGAUUGUAGAAUGAUUAGAGUAAUGCAACUGGACUUAAAUAGGGAUGACAGUAAUGACGAGAACUUGGACGAGAGGAAUUGUGGCAAGAGUACUGUAAAUGUUGACGCGAGGAGGAGCAGUGAUAUAACGCGAGCAUGGUCAUUGAGUGGUUGGUCUCGUACUCGUAGAUCUUCGAAAUGA